UUGAAUUGCUGCUAAAUAAGUUUCUGACCAGCUCUGUGUUUGGGAAUAGUAGCUCUCAAAUAAGAGGCAAAAGUGUUUACAGGCCAAUAUCAAUAUUGGUAAAGGGAGGCUCAUCGUGUGGCAUGAGCACAUGUUUGCCUCAGUCGAACAGGGCUAUAUUUGAGCUUCUCUGAAUUCUACUCAAGGAUAAGCAAUCUUUUGAUUCCAUAAGCUGCAUAUAUGACAGAUAUACCCUUGGAUCUGUUAUUAUUCAAAUAAAAAUGCUGAUUUAUAUAUGUAUAGUAAACAUUUUAUGAUGUCAUAUCCAUAAUAAUUUCUUGUUUUUUAGAAAGUGUACUUUUAAAAGAUGAAAUUCCUUCUGAUUUACACUGUCCUGUUGUGUUUGUUUCUCAUGAGUCUAUCCCUGGAAAAUGUAAAGAAAAGAAACGAAAAGGAAAGGAUGAGGAAAUUUCAGAAGGGGGAGCGAAUGAAAAUAGUCCAGUCUGCUAAGAAGUUGACCGCGAUCAUAAGAGCCAGCAAGAUGUUGAAUCGGACGAGAGGAACCGGACCUAGAGAUGACAUGGGCUGCACCAGCAUUGGAGGCAUCUGUCAGUGGAAUACCUUCAUCUGUCAGGGCAGAUACCUGAAGGACAAAUGUCGGGAAGGGAAAUCACACCAAUGUUGCACGUCAGCUGCUGCAUGGAGUACAUUCUGUGCUGGCAGUCAUCAUAACAGGGUGCGAGCCUGUGACAACUAUGGCUGUGGUGGCUUUAACUCCAAAAGGAUGGGGUUAAACAUAAAAGCAGUGGAUAUUGUGUGUGAUGAUUAUGGCAUCAUCAACGCUCCUUUUUCUGGAAGUCUGAGUGGUCCUGUUGGCAGAACAGUGGGUGACUCCAUUCAGUAUGAUGGUGUUAAGCUGUAUAACACAGUGCACUGUGUAAAGAUCUUCAGCAUCCGCCCAUAUAGUUACUCUGAGUCUGUUGUUCAGGGAGAGGCCAUGGGUUACCUGUUACCACUACAGGAGCGUUUUUCUGGCAUCACUUCCCACCUGCAGCUUCAGAUGUGUGAUGGAUCUGAUCCUGCACCCUUCAUAUGAAACGCAUUUAUGGAUCAUUUAAUCAGUGAUUCAUUGGGAAGAAUAAUGCAUGGCUUUAAACUUCAUUUAAAU